CCAGGGGAAGAAGGAAUAGAUCUCAGCCAUGAGGGUGGGGAGUAUGAGGCUUUCACUGGUCUAUCACAUCAAAUCACAUCACUAUCAGGAUGUUGCUAUGUGGACCCUUGUACCCAUCAUGAUCGCAUUGAGAUCCAGACUGGGAAUUGUAACAGUCAACUUGACAUCCUCAUUGAUGCAUAUUUGGAUCAUCAUGCUCGGGAUAAAGGCAAUGGCAUGCCGAGUCUGCUGACUGGCGUAAUGCUUAAUGGACAUGAUUGUCUCUUCCUUGCUGACAUUGAACUAGUGGAUAUAUGUAGU